UGAUAAGUUGAUUGAUAAGUUUGGUAAGUCGUAGUCCGUCGUAAUCUUUUCUGUCUGAGUUCACUGUACUUUACCGAGUAAAACCGGACCGGAUAAAUCAAGCAUAAUCGACCGGAUCCGGUCCGGCAUGAUCGUACGGAUCCGGAAAACAUAACGCGAUCCUGAUAUGGAAAAAUUAGAGUGGUAUGCAUUAGUUUUUAGUUAAGACCUAAAGUUUGACCUUACCGUAUACGGUAUGGAAUACCGAAAAAUAACGAUCAGCUUUAAAUUUUAUCGGUCGGCAUUCCGUACCGUACAACCGACACGGAAUACCGAAAAAUACCGUCGGUAUUACGGUAACGCCCGGAUUCAAGGUUUUGGCGCAUCUUUAAAAAAAUUCGACAUUUUGACCUAUUUUGGCCGUGUCGACAUUUUAUCAAUUCGAUAUUUUAACGAUUCCAUAUUUUAA